UCAGCCGAGUGGAACUGGUGCGGCUGCUGGAGAGAUAGGCAGAGAGGCAGAGAGGCUGUGGUGAACAGACGCUGGGUCAGAGCGCUCAAUUGCUUCAGACAAUCACAGGGGAGCGAGAGACAGACAGGAAAAGAGACAGAGAGAGAGAGAGAGAGACCACAUAGAAAGAUAGAUUGAAGAGAGAGAAAAGGGAAGGAGAGACAGGGGAGGGAGGUAAAUAUGUGACAGGAUGUGGUUUCCCUGAGCUUGCAGAACAUUGGUAUACAGGCAUACUUUGAGCAUGACCUAAACACACCGAGCUUACAAGUGUGUUUGAGCUCCGUUAAGUGGUGAGGGGGAAGACGAAGCAAACCGCUGGAGCUGCUGCUGAGUCUGUAGACGCUCUGGUUUCUCUGUUGCCUGCCGGAGGAUUGUGUUUCCUUUAAGCCAGCCAGCUCCACAGCAACCUCAGUCAGCGUAUCGGACAGGAACUGAGCCCGUCCUCCAUCCUCCUUCCAAGUAGAAUGCGUUUCUCCGCUGGAAGCUCUGGUCCAGUUGCUGCCUUCGUGUCCAAGCAGUGAACUUUUCAACGUGAUUUGUGAAACAGGGUCCGUAAACAGAGAAACAGACACACUGUGGAGCCAUGGGCUGCGGGCUGCGUAAGAUGAAGCCAACGUCGGAGGAGAAUACUCCGGGGAAGAUUUACUCCACCCUGAAGAGGCCACAGGUGGAGACAAAGGUGGGUGUGGCCUACACCUACCGCUACCUGGAUUUCCUCAUUGGCAAAGAUGGUGGGACGUCCACGCUGCGUCUCUCGUCGGUGCGGGAGCUACCCGAGCAGCUGCAGGAGCUUUACCAACAGGGCUUUGUUUUGGCAUCUUUUCACCCGUUCAUCCACCCCUGUGGUCCAGAGUCCAACAGCCCACAGCACCAGCUCUACCGGGCCAUACUGAUCCGAAUCAACGACGGGGUGGAAAGGAGCCAGCCUGUCUGCCCGCCAUACAAACUACAGCUGGAAGAGUGUCUGUCUGCUGAGCAGGUGCCCACCACAGAGCUCAUCCAGGGCUACGUCAAGAAGCAUAUCCAGGAUGCGGCUGACCAAGGGGUGAUGUUCGUGGGAUUUGUCCAGGAACCCUAUGGGGCCCCAUGCACCAGGAUCAGAGAACCGGACACCCCCUCCUUUUCCCUGCACUCCAGCCCCAGCUCGGUGCUCGGUUCCCUACGCAGCUGCAGCCCCUCGAACCCCUCAAGCCCCAUUAACCACGCAGCACCUGGAGCUGAAGCCGAUGCAGUGGACAAAGAAGGCAAUGAGGACGCUUCAUGCAAGGCUGGGGAAGAAGCACCGGGUGGGGAGAAGAAUCACAGUGAGAACACUGGGAACCAUUCUGGGAGCGGGGUGGAGGGCAGUCAGGGCGUGGUCUUGCCUGUGGCGCCUCCAAUACCAGAGGAAGAUCUGGAGCAGAGUGAGGAGCUGACAGAGGAGGAGUCGCCGUGUCACAAUAACAACAAAGACAGUGGCAGAGACGCAAAGGAGAGGCCAAGAUAUCGCCUGCGGAGGGGCGACGGGGUGGAACUGCUCGCUUUGUACAACCACCCGCCGGUCCGAGAGGGCCAGGUGAAGUACUACACUGUAAAGGUGCCACUGCGGGUUCAAAACUGUGAUGAGGGGGUCAAAGGCGUGGAGGCCAACUGGCUGGAUCACAUGACCCAGCACUUCAACAACGGAGCCUCACUAGUCGAUGGAUACUUCCACCUGGGUAACGUGAACGAUAUGCUGCCUAAGUCGGUGGAAAGUGUCUUCAUCUUCCAGGAGGCGAGCGAGGGCGAGCCGACCGAGGCAACCCAGACAUACGAUGCCAUUGUGGUAGAGCAAUGGACUGUCAUUAAUGGUUUGCAGGUGAAGGCAGAUUAUGUUCCUCUGCUACAGUCCCUGGCCACGUAUGGAUGGAGACUCACCUGUGUGCUGCCAACUCCUGUAAUCAAGACUAACAGUGAUGGAAGUUUGUCCACCAAACAGAUUGUUUUCCUGCAGAGACCCGUCUUGGGCAGAAAGAGGAGGGAAUCCAAGAAAUUUAUCUUCAAGCCCCGAAGCAAGUCCAACAAGAACUGCAUAAAGGACACGACAAAGAACAAGAACAAGAAAAAAACCAAAACUGAGAAGGAUGCGGAGGAUCCUAAGAUUCUUGAUGACAGAGAAAUGGUUGAGAAGGAGGAAGAGGAGAAGAGUAAGGAUGAAAAAGGGAAUGCAACAGAUGUAGAGGCAGCAAGAGAAAGUGAGACCUCUAAAGAAAAGGAAAUGAGGUGUGUGGAAAAUAGAAUGAUUGAUGAUGGGAUUGAAAUUAGCAUAGAAACUGUUGAAAGAAAAGAUGGUGGAGCAGAGACAGAGGACAAGGGAGCAGAAAACCGCAAAGAAGAAAAGGGAGAAGAAAAGAUAACACUGGAUGAAGAUGGUUCAAAAGAGAACGGAGAGCCUUUUGAAAACGGAGAGUUCCAGGAAGUGACGGAAAUCAUUGCCACUGUCGAAACACAGAGCGAGACCAAAGAAAAGGACGAGGGCGUAGCAGAAGCUGUAACCGAAAACGGGGUCGAGACGGAUAAGGAGAAAGACAAGGGCAAAGAGAUCGCGAUCAAGCGCAAAACAGAAGAGCCAGCAGGCAUGGAGGUCAAUGCCAAGGAGACCGUGGCAGAUUCACAGGCCCCGCCAACUAAUCAACGCCAAGAGGAGACUCUAGAGUAACCCCAAGUAGUCCAAGUCAAGGGUUUUCCCCACCCUGCCUCUCUCUAUUCCUCAUCUUAAGAACUGGUUCACAGUGUCGUCCCUGAUCCAAAUUAAAGGGGCUUCGAUCCCCAUCGCUGCAGCAUUCUCCAAACCUACCAUCUUUCAUUGACAAUUCCCCUGCCACCUGCCAUAUUGUAGCUACACAGCGAUUUCAUGUAACUGCAGAUAUCAGGCCUACUGUAUAACCACGCAUACUGAAUGUAUAUAUCCAGGAGACGUUGCAGAAUAGACAAUGUGGAGACACUGGAAUAACUGGAUGAGGAUUAACAGAAGGUUGAAUAUUUUGAACAAUGCCAUGAUCAGAUUGGGAGCAUUUUCCUGUUUCUUAAGAAAAGUGAGAAACAGUUUAAAGGCCUGGUCACAUCGGUGAAAUUCCACAGCAAAAAAACAUUUCCUGUCAAUGGAAUCACAGAGAUUAGUGGGUUUGUUUGUCGGGGCGAAGUAAAUCUGGGUGAAUUUCUCACAACAAAUUUGACAUAAAUUUGAAGCCUUAGUAAGCCAUUAUAUUUUGUGUUAAACUUUGAGGGCACUGAGACUCGGAGAGCCAAAAUGGAGGAAGCUAUUGUAGCUUGUUAGCUAUGUUGCACAAUCUACUUUUAUUUCAGCUCCUCUGUCAGAAACCGCUCCACAAAAGAAGCAGACAGUUAUGGGAAAGGGGUCAAGGCUAUAAAUACGUCUUUUGAAUAAACUGUGUGAACUUAUGUUCCUUUUAGUAACCAAGACAACUAGCUUGCUAACUGACAGUUAGCAUUUCAACAUUGGAUGAAGUGGUUUGCAAACCUGAAAACAAAAUGUGACAGGCGAGUGACCGCCCCAGUAUAGAGAAAAUAAAAAGAAACUAGGAGAGCUAUUGAGACGCUAGCUUUUUAGCAUUUUUUGUUUUACCAACGAGCCUUGUAAAUAGUUCCUACAUCACCAAGCCUCUAAAUUAGACUGUGCCACUUUCUGGUGUGACCAGGACCUUAAGGGAGUAAGGAGUGUUGAUUGACAUGAUUCUCAGUGCAAUGUAAUGUAAGGGUUAAUUAAAACAGCAGCAAUUAUGGAUCGAAGAUCGUUUAGGUUUUCCCCCAGAAAAGUUGUUUUGCCCGCCUUGCUUUUUUUGAUGAGGGCCCGGCUUGGACCAGUUACAGACUGAUGGCAGCAUUAAUGUAGAGCCCAAUAGUUUCUGUGAUAACAGAAUCAUGGAUGGUAUCACAAAACUGAGAAUUAAAAAAACAACAACUAUAAGACAGAUUCCAUACAGCCCUAGAUUAAGUCAGUGCUAAAAGCUAACUGGAAAUUUGAAGAUAUGAACCGAGCCAUAAAAAAAAGUAGUUAAAAAAAUGUUUUAAUGUACUUUUUCCAUAUUUAUAUAUAUAUAUAUAUAUAUAUAUAGAAAAAGUACAUUUAAAAAUAAAAAUAAUUCCCAGUUGCUUAGGCCUGGUGGCGGACUACUUAGACCCGGUGGGCCACCCGGCUUACAAUACCCUGGGGGAAACACUGGCGUCCUAGGCUUGCUUUUGAAGAAUAGUUUGAGAAGCAUAAGUCCUAAUAGUCAUACCCAGAUACUUGUACUGAGCAGCUUUUUGUUAGUGUGUGAAGCUAAGAAAAAAUCCAAAAUCUGAGAGGUAAAAUCUUGACAGGUCACAGUCCUUAUCCACACGACUGACAUGCUCAGAAGAGCAUCUCUACGUGAUCACAGACUAGUACUGUUUCCCGUUCCUUCGUUCUUUGCGCCAUAGUAAGUUGUGAGGCGGAGGGAACUUGGAAAACGCUGGUAGAGGUGAUGGGAAAGGCGUUUGUUGCGACAGGCAAUCCAAAGUAGGGUGAAGAGAUAAUUGUUUACGCUGAGCUCUAAGGCGUCAAGUGCUUCAAAGAGUGCCGAUAAUCACUCUUUGGUGUGGUGUGCUAAGCUCACCUUACAUACAGAAUGUUCCAUAUUCAAAGCUGAGUCAGAUAAGGAUGUGAAAUUCAGCUGAAUGUUUGCAGCUCGGGUGGGGGUGGGUGGGGCAGAACUCAUAUUUACAGGCUAGUUAGCUUUCACAUACAGGAGUGAGGAUUUAUUUCUGUGAAUCAAAAGGUCUCAUCAGGGAAGAGACAAGGAUAAGCUUGUUUACAAAGACCAAACCUAAAGAUUGAGAGAGAGAAAUUGAGACAUAGAAAGCCGUUGAGAGUGAAAGAGAAGGCCCACCGAGCUUAAAAGGGUCAAAUAAAAGAAAUGAAUAGGCUCAUUUAAAAAGGUAUAGUCGUUUGUGUUCCACAUUCCCUGUCGAGAUUUCCUUCAUUACUUUACCUCCAGCUCUUUAAGCACCUCAUUUCAGACAUCAGUUCUGACAAUAACGAAGUCAUAAUGUGCUGUUUCAUGGCAUCAAGUAGCUUUCCAUUUUAAGAAAGAGGGAUGGGGGGAGUUGAAAGGGAGGGAGAAAGGUGGUGAUGUUCACGGUGUAGAGCUCUCAUUAGCUCACUAAUGGGUUUAGUCAGUGGGGUCUCUGUCAGGAAUCAUGCAUUUAUAAUGGGGGUCAAUUAUUGGGGGAUGUAUUGACAGCAAAACACCUCAAAAUGUCGAGCAAAUAGCCUUCAGAUUUAACGGUGAUGUCAUGGGGAAUCAUUUGCACUGAGGAGGAAGAGUCAGUGUUAACAAUGCAAAGAAUAUACAAAUAAGUCAUCAAACAUGUCAGAAAAACCUAUUUAUUAGAAUGUUAGCAUUCACCUAAUGAAAAACUUAAACUACCUGCUGUCCUGCUUCACACUGGCUAUAAUUUGUCAUAAUUUGGAUCUUUUCUUUUAUGAGUAAUACGUGAUGACUUUGGUCAAGAAAAAUGUCUCCUUUUUGGAGAUGAAACUCUUCAGUUACACAGAAGUAAGAUUGAUUAUGCUGAAUAAGUGCUCUCCUUAAUUAAUCCACCCGCCGCUGAGAUUUUUUUCAAUGUAAAAUGGCAAGUGAUUUUGUGUAGAGUAGAAUAUAAAAACUGUGACCAGCUUAGCCUUACUACUAUACUGUAAAUACUCCACAAUCUGCUUUUAGAAAUGUCGUAUAAAGGCACAAUGGUGAUUCAAGUGUUAUAUGUUUGUUAUAGUCAAACAGGAAAGAUUUGAAACAGUCAGUGUUGGUAUUUUGAAGCUGUUGUUCCCUGUUUUAUUACUGGAAUUCAGAGUGAGGGGAUACAAGUGUUUGUCUAUAUGAAGGUAAUAUGUUUUGGAAGAACAUUUUUUUUUUUCAUUGUGAAUGUUCUGUUUUUGAUUCAAGAGAUCUUACUGUGGGCUUUGUGAUGCCUCUGCUUUUCCGCUAAAGCUUGCUAAAAAUGUAUUUCUGACUGACGCUUUGAGCUACCUCCCGAGGGCUUUUGGUGGUUUUAAAAUGAGGGGUCGCCGUGUGUGUGACCCCCAGAAACAUAUGCUCCUCGUCCUCCUGCCCUCCACUAUGACAGAGUCCAGACCCGUGAGGGCUAAUGGCAGAAAAGGUCAAGGGUCAUAUUUGAAUCCGGAAUGGAUUUUCCACAGCUGUACACAGGAGAUGGCACGAGCACAUGACAAAUAACCACUCUGAUCAAAUUAAAAUUAAGAUAUGAAGUCAUAUCAUAGUAUUCUCUGUAGUGUUUAUUUUCUCCAUUUCUUUUUUUUUUUUACCAUCAUUAUCUCAGCUGAUUGUAGCUUGUAGCUGUUUGAGCUUUAAUAAGCACUUACUGUAUUCAAGAAAUACGUUAUGCUCCCACUAGUAUCAGAGCUGCUGGGGAGCAAAUAAGACUCAGCUGUCACUUUCCCGUUUGUCAGAAUGUGACAAAUAUGAAUUAUAAAAAGCCAACACCAAAAGACGCCUUUGGAUAGCUGACAAGAUCAUUUAUGAAUAUUUGAGAAAUAUCCCCAAUGAAUCCUGGACAAUUUAUUUUGUCAGAUAUAAUCAAUUUCUUCCUUUUUCCAAGCAUCGUGAAAAAUAUCCUUACUGUCAUGUAUCCGUUUUAUGAAUAAGAAUUGGUUUCAGUAUUCCUGCCAUUUUACCAUUUUUAUUUUUUAUUAAAUCGGAAACUGAAAUUUAUUCCCCUUUGGCAUCCUGCAAAAGCAGGCAGAUCCUAUUCCACUUUAUCUAGAAGAGCAGAGUUUGCGGCAAGGUGAUGUCAUGUGACAGGACUGUGUUUUCAACUCCUACUACAUUCCUGUUGGACAUCCUCGAACAAGCAUGAUCGUAACCUUGACAAAAGUUACAAACGGCCCUGUAUCCGCCUGCCCUACCUGAGGCCGCGACCUUCAGGGCCCCAUCUCUUCCUGAUAAGGGCUGAUUGGUGGCGGUGCAGUCUAACCAUUGACAUCCAGAGACUGUAGGUAAUUGUGAUUUUUUUGUCUGGUAGAAAGAAAAAAGAACACAGACAGGAAGAGAAAAGCGAGGCAGGAUCUCACACUUCAUCAGUUAAAUGAUGCUGAGCCAUAUUACCUUAGCCAUCCAUGAAAAGAAGGAGACCUUUCUGAGUAAUGUCAAGACUUAAAUAUACAUCUGCAGCUCUCUGUAUUUGUGUAAAAAUACAUUUAAAAAAAAAACAGUUAAUAUACAUUUUCCUGUUUUCUGUCGGCAUAACUGUGUUUGAUCAUCAAUAGUGGCGCUGGUGCAAUUGUUCUUGGUAAUGCUAUAAAGAAACAUAAUGGUUCAUUUCCUGUCCUGUGUGCUACUAUGAUGUGAAAUGGGCAGAGGAGAAAUGACAGAACAUGAUACAAUAGGAUGCCGUCAUUUUUUUCUUCUGUGUUGUCACUUUAGCUUGCUCACAGCCUCUGGAAAAUGUGUUCUUAGGUUUCUGUCUUUGGUGUUUUUUUUUGUUUUGUUUUUUUAUCACCUCAGCUGCCAUCUUGAAUGUUGAGUAUCUUUGAUCUUGUGCAGUUGUCACUUCCAUAGCAGUGUUUGCUAUCGAGGAAGAAAAAGUAUUCUUUAUCUUUGCUAUCCUGAGUAUGUCCACAUUCCUAUUGUUCAUGACAUCUGUACAAUUUGUAUAUUAUAAAAGGAUUUAUAUUUAAUGUG